AUACAGCACAGUGCCCGUACGCCAUAUGGGCACGGACGCCCUGACGUUGACAACGGCGCCUGUGUACCGUAUGGGCGAGCUUGUAUUUGGCAUCGUAAGCGCGUUUAGCGUGUCUCCGAAGCAGUUUUGUCAAGUAAUGUGGAGGUAGUUCAUUCUUCUUCCGCAAGAGGCCAGCACUUAUCGGCUAUCUCAUACUGGAAGCGGUUGUGAGCACUACAUAGAUGAAGUUAUCUGCAGUUCAUUCACAGGUGUUUACGAUCACAAAAAUGGUGCACAGUGAGUUGAUGGAGGCUGAGAUCUUAGAUAUUCUUUAUGGAGAAGCAGGAUCUGAAUUUGACGAUUCUGACAAAGAGGAUUCUUACUCUCCAGACAAAAGUACAAGUGAUGAUUCAGACAGUGGUACAGACCAUCAGUCACCAUCUGUGGUACCUAGUAGUGUGCCUCACUGAGCAAAAAGAGCAAGAUUGGUCGGAACUAGACGAUCAGCCAGUACUGCCGGAUUUCCAGGAAGUAGUCUGCGUAACAUCACAUUUUUCAGAUGCCACUGAGGAGAUUCCGUAUUUUAGUUAUUUCUGUGAUGACGAGAUUAUUUGGCACAUCGAAAGUGAAACGAAUCGGUAUGCUGGUAACGUUAUUACAGCAAUGAAACUCAAAGGUAGCCUGAAAAUAAACCAUGUUAGGCAUAAGUGGUCUGCAGUAAAAUUGCAAGAGAUUUACUGUUUUUCAGUGUUAGUUUGCAUAUGUGCGUCAUCAAAUUGCCGAAAAUCAGUGACUAUUGGUCAACAGACUCAUUUUUGCAGACAGGAUUUGCGAGUAAAUUUUUGAGUCGUGAUCAAUUUUACGCUAUAUUGUGGAUGUUACACUUGAACGACAAUGCUACGUUCAUUAGCAGAGGUGAAGAAAAGGCGACCCACUUCACAAAGUUAGGUCUUUCUUUGAUUUCUUUGUGAAUAAAAGCAAAAGUAGUUUUCAUCCAGGCAUGAUUCUGACAGUAGAUGAGGCAAUGUGUGUCUUUGUGGUAGAAUAGGCUUCAGAGUGUACACGAAAAACAAACCCAAUAAAAAUGGAAUAAAAUUGUAUGCUCUCUGCGAUUCAUCAAAUGGUUAUAUGCUAAACUGUGAUGUAUACACAGGCUCUGCAGGGAAUGUUGACAGUAGUAUCCAGGGCCUUGUACAAAGGUUGUGUUCGCAGUACUUGGGCAAAGGACAUUGCAUUUAUAUGGAUAGAUACUACACCAGUUAAUCUCUUAUGGACAUGUUGUGGGAAAAUAAAACUCUUGCAGUGGGAACUGUAAUGAAAAACAGGAAAGGUUUGCCACAAAUAUUCAAAACACUAAAAUUAAAAGAAGAUCAGAUAGUUUUUCAAAGGAGACAACAUCUCUUGGCAGUGAAGUGGAAGUGAAAACGACAUGUUUUUUGUCUUUCCACAAAGCAUAAGCCUACCAGCACUAGUAUUCAAGUGAGGGCCAAAGGUGGAAUUGCAGAAAUUGUAAAGCCAGAUGUUAUUAUUGAUUACAAUAAGAAUAAAGCUGUGGUUGACAGAGCAGAUCACUUCUCCAGCUAUUAUCUGUUUGCCCAAAAAACUUUGAAGUGGUGGAAAAAGCUGUUUUUCCACUUGUUUAUCAUGUCGACUGUCAACAGUUUUAUUUUAUGUAAAGAGAAGACUAGGAAAACGUAUCCCUAGUAGACUUUAUUCACAAAGUAGGGAAGAAAUUGGCUGAAAAGGGCAGAAAUACUUUUCAGAGGGCAUUUGCAAGGCACUUUCCAGAGAAGGUCCCACCCACUGAAAAUCAAGGUGAAUACUUGUAGGUAUUGCAAAGUAUGUUCAGACGGGGAAUAAAGAGACGGGUAAGUGCAUCAGGACAGAAGGUAGAUGGUGGUGCAAGGACUGUGACGUUGGCCUUUGCGUCCCACAGUGUUUCCAGGAUUUGCACACAAAGGCUAACUACAUCUGAACUAUUAAAAUACUCUAGUUUACAGGUACCUGCAGUUAGACAUUCCAGUAAUAUUUUUUUAAAAUUUGGAUACAGUAAUAAUGGCAUUAUUCAAGAGAGAGAUCAUGUAAAACUU